GCGAGUGAGCGUGCAAUGAGAUUAACUGAUGAAGCAACGCGCAGUGAACAAUGCAGCUCCCCGGUGCAAUGUGGAGGUAUCGCAACAGUUGCAGCCCAGGACCUGCCCAGCAUCAUGAAGCAGGGUUAUUUGGAGAAGAAACGCAGAGAUCACAGUUUCUUCGGAUCCGAGUGGCAGAGGCGUUUCUGUGUGUUGAACGCAAAUAUAUUCUAUUACUAUGGCAGUGAGAAAGAUAAACAACAGCGAGGCGCCUUUUACCUCUAUGACGCUUAUCUAGUUUCCAAUCUUCGAAAAGAUUCCAAGAAGAAUGCCUGCUUUGAGAUUGUCAGUUCAGACAAAAAGGUUUAUCAGUUUGCUGCAUCAAGCCAUCGCGAAGCCAAGGAGUGGGUGGAUCACAUCUCCUUUGUGCUGAAAGACAUGAAUUCCAACUUUAUACCAGUGGAGGAAGAGGAAGACGAGGAGGAAGACGAGAGGAACAGAGUGCGAGUGAUGCAGGAAGAGACAUACGAUGAUGUGGACCCAGGGCCUGUCGAUUUAGGAGCGCCUCGAGGUCCAUCAACUAACAUUGGCCAAGAUCCGGAUGAUGAGAUUUACGAAGAGCUCCCAGAGGAUGACUUCCCUCCACCCAUACCCCCAGAGGAGGAGAGCGACAAUAGCCAAGGCCCAGGAAAUGUCAGCAUUGAUUAUACAAGCUACUACCUGGGUCUGUGGGAUUGUACGAGUGAAGAACCUGAUGAAUUGUCAUUUAAACGAGGAGAUCUGAUUCAUGUCCUGAGCAAAGACUACAAUCCCUAUGGAUGGUGGGUUGGUGAGAUGGAAGGUGUAAUUGGCAUAGUACCAAAGGAUUACCUGAUGGAAGCCUAUGAGAUCUGAAGGGCAGUGCUGUGGCCUCUGACAGGAAGACAGUCACUGCCUAAUCACCCAGAUGCCAUGAUGCAACAUUGACAGUUUAAUAGCAGCAAAGAGGCUCGAACUUUUCUCCCCCGGAUGACUGGGCAUCGUAUCUUCAUGGUAAACAUCCAGACCUCUUUCCAGAAGGAAGAGGAGAGACUUUAAACAGUGUUAGCGGUUAUUCAUCCUCCCUUGCUUGUUAAUUAAAUAAAGGACGUGGUUCAGCCAUUUUAAACCAA